CGUCACACACGCCCACACGCACGCGCCGCCCACAUCCAGCUUGCGAAUCCGGAGGCAACCAGUCCAGAUAAUGCCCCGGAAGACAGCCAGUGAGGAGGAGGAGGAGGAGGCGGCGGCCGGGGAGCCGGGCCCUGGGGAGAUGGAGGCCGGGCGGCAGCGGCCGGUGUUGCGCUCGGUGAACUCGCGCGAGCCCUCUCAGGUCAUCUUCUGCAACCGCAGCCCGCGCGUCGUGCUGCCCUUCUGGCUCAACUUCGACGGCGAGCCUCAGCCCUACCCGACGCUGCCACCGGGCACCGGGCGCCGUAUCCACAGCUACCGAGGUCAUCUUUGGCUCUUCAGGGAUGCGGGGACGCAUGAUGGACUUCUGGUUAACCAAACAGAACUGUUUGUGCCAUCCCUCAAUGUGGAUGGACAGCCUAUUUUUGCUAACAUCACACUGCCAGUGUAUACCCUGAAAGAGCGGUGCCUUCAGGUUGUGCGAAGCCUGGUCAAGCCCGAGAACUACAGGAGACUGGACAUCGUCAGGUCGCUCUAUGAAGAUUUGGAAGACCACCCAAAUGUGCAGAAAGAUAUAGAGCGGCUGACACAAGAGCGCUUUGAAAAUCAGACCCUGGGAGAAGAGCCUGAGGAAAUCCAUUGAGAUUAGUGGUCCUGAAUUCCAGCUUUGAUUCUGAGUCGUCACCCACACAUAGGACAGGUCACUUGCUUUCCAUUGUAAAAUGUUUCAUUCUCGGAGUAAAACUCCGUUACAUAAAAGAAAGUUAACUAACGUCACUGGGCUUUGUGGUGCUUAAGGAUAAACAUCACAAAAUGCCACUGAAUCAGCCCUUUCUAGAAGCACUCAUCAGAAGGGUUUUCAUUUUGCUUCCUGGUAAGUUGGGAAGUUCUGUGUAAAGAUGUUUGCGUAAGCUGCGGUUGCAGUGUGUCCUUAAUUUGGAAAAUGCAGUGACAUUUGAACAGAGGGCACCUGCCUUCUGCUUUGGGAAGGCUGAGAAGGCCCCAGGGCGGGGACGGAGUUCUUUGAGGCCCAGUGCCUGAUGUGUCAGGAGCCUUCAGUCUGGACUGUUGGAUGAACAGCCCAUUGGGUACUUGGUGGAAGAGUCUGGAGGGUCUGUCUGAGGAAAGCCUUAAGUGUACAAGGAGAGGAACAACUUAGCAUCCUGUGUUUAGACAGAACUUUUUCUAAUAUUCCAUGUCACCUCACUUUUGUUGUUGUUGUUUAUUUUUUUUAACUUUUUUGAAACCGUGUUUCGUGUAGCCCAGGGUAGUCUCAGUCACUCAAUAGGGGGUGCUAGCCCUGUACUUGUGAUCCUCCUGUGUCCCUUGCCGCAGUGUUGGGAGCACAUGUGUGCACCCUGGCCUGCUCUGCCCUUUUCUCAUUUGGAAACGGGGUCUCCCACUGCAGUUCAGCCUCCUGAUCCAUGCUGGCAGCACUCUUGUUUGUGAGCCAGGUAGGCGUCCCAUGGUCACUGUCACGGGUGUUUUUGUGACUUGCUAUCAACACAGACAGUAGAAAAGAGCAGUCCUUGUGUUUAAUUCUGGUUGUGAAGAUCCUCUGUCUGUGGGGAAGCUGCUGCCAGGAAUGGGAAUUGCCAUUGCUGUCAACCCCUGGCAUUCCAGCUGGUCUCUGCAUUUUCAACUGGCAGGACCUGGUCACACUUGGAUUUGGGGGUGGGUGGUGGGCAGGGAGGAGAGAAGAGGGAGGCUGUUUUUGAAGCUGCACUGAGCCACGCCCUCCCAGUAAUGGAUCACAAAGUACACAGUUUUAUGGAUGGUUACAUCCUUUCUUAUGUAUUAAAAUAUUCAUAUUCAUUACUUCUGUGAGACAUUUUUGAAAGACAUAUUUUUGUUUGUUUUUAAUUUCUCUAGUAGAGAAAAAUUAGAGAAGGCUGGGUAUGACUGCACACACCAGAAAAGACAGUCAGCUGAAAGGAAAAAGACAGGCCCUGUGCACUCUCAGCUUCCUGUAACCACUUAACGGGGCUCUCUUUGCAGGGCAUGGUUUGAUUGCUUCAAGCAGUUUGUCAUAACUGAGAUCAUAGGGGAUGUACAGUUUUAUAACCUGAGUUUUCAUUUAACUUCAUUUUUCCCUUUCUUUUUUGUUUCUUUGUUUGUUUUGCUUUUUUGAGACAGGAUUUCUCUUUGUAGUCCUAGCUGUCCUAGAACUUGAUUUGUAGACCAGGCUGGCCUCAAAUUCAGAGACCGCCUGCCUCUACCACCCAGGUGCUGGGAUUACAGGCAUGCACUAGUUAACUAGAAGUUAACUCCUAAAUUAACUUCCCCAUGUUACUCUGAGCACUCUGUGAACCCCACUGUGCUAUGCUCCUCCUUUGCGGAUGACAGUGGGAGUGUUGGUUGGCAUCCUGGUCUCCUUGAGUACAGUCUGGUGCCCUUAAGAUCAGCAAAGUGAGCAUUUGCCACCACCCUGUCACUCCUUAGUCAACAGCGUUCCAUGAGUGACGUAGCCACAUGCCAAGUGUAGAGGGUGCCCACGUUUGGAAAGUCUGCAGGUGCUGAAGUGUGACAGCGUUGGUUUUAUGUUUUUAAACCUAUCUUUGUCUCAAAAAGAUCUUCUGUUUGUCUUAUUAAACUGGAAAUUUGAAUACUGUUCUCUGUGCUGUCCAAAGCAUGAGUCACGUGUGCUCUUCCUUUGGCGUCCUGUAAAUGUUUUCUUCAGACUUGGAUGUUUUCUAUCUUGAGUUUUCUGAAAAAGCUGACAUUUAGUACAAUAAACGGUGCUCAGUGAAGGAA